AAAGAGCUCCAAGAGGGAGGUGAUGUCAUUUCCUCUCCUACAGAAGGCUUUGGAUGAAAAGAAAGGAAGAUUUCCUGUGUUCACACAGGAACCUGUCAUGUGGUGAGCAGUCUAACGUCACAUGGUGCACUUAAUGGAAGAUCUUGAAAGACUGUGCUUCUCUAAGACCACUGUGAAAGAUUCUCAGUCCAAAAACCAUUUGUGUAUAUUACUUAAAAGUGAUAUGUUGAACUAAAAGACCAUGGAAAAAAUUAUGCUAAUUCUGUGUUGGUGGUGGUUGGGGCAGUGCUUGUGCCAUGACCCUAUGCCUUCUGGAGUCAGAACAAACCCUCCCGUGUCUUCAACUCGGCACAAAGUCACAGGACAGUGGCUUCCCUCCCUGAGCACUACACUGAUAGGAGGAAGCGAAUCAUCAAGAAAUACUUCUCAGCCAGUCCCCGGCAUAAGUGAGAAUACCUACCAUAACAAAGAAAACAUUCCUCCUAGUACCCUUCCUGUGAAUAAGAGUGAAAAGGUGGACAAUUCAAGUGAACAUAUGACCCCUUCAGUUAGGCCUCCAUUGAACACCAACAUUGAUGAUCAUGAAAAUGCUAGAACAAACACCUCUUCUAGUACUGAUGCCACCACAGACAGCCAAAGCAGUCUACCAGAAGUCCUGCAUUCAAAUCAUGAGAUUCACACACAUGCUCAUGAUCACAAUCCAGUUUAUGAGGUUGAUCACCUUCCAGUCCCAGAAAGCUCUACAACAGGAGGUGGACGUGACGGGCGGGUCACCACACCCUCCAAAGAUCUGUGUUCCAACUGUCUCUGUGACACCACAAAGGAGAAUGUGUUUUGCAAACAUGACCAUGUUGACCAUAAUGGCAUUCACCACCUGACUCUGAAUCGCCAAACCAUUCCACCCUCAGCUAAAACACUGCAUAUUGUUGGCUUUGAGAAAGUGGUCGUUGUAAGCAACACCUUCUCCAGGGAAAAUCUUGAGCUGCGCAGCAUUCACUUUGAAAACAUAGAGUUGAUGGAGCUUCAUACUAAAUCCCUGCACUUCAGUCCCAUUGCAGAGCUAAACAUGGAGGUGGCAGUCAUAUUUACAAACUGCAGCAUCCCCAAAAUGCCCCAGCAUACGUUCACUCAGCUAACCAGAAGUGAGGACACAAGGCUGGACACAAAGCUUGAGAAGACAAGGUUCAUGAGUCUAAAGAUUGACAGAUGCAUAAUUGAAGAGAUACACAGCUAUGCACUCUACAAUGCCAGAGUGAUUUAUUUUCACAUGGUCGGGACAAAGGUUAAUCUCAUGGAGGAGAACAGUGUCCACCUUGAUUCCUUUGAUGACUGGAUCAUAGAGAAAAGUCAGCUGCCAAACAUGAUACAUAAGGCAGUGUGUCUUCGAGCCCAAGGCAUUGUGGUCUUCUCUCACAACACUUUCAUUGGAAUUGGAAACAGGUCUUUGAAUAUCAUAUCCUCCAACCAGGUCCUGUUUGAGUUCAACAAAGUCUCACAUUUGGGGUCAGAAGCACUGCUGGGUAUUCAGCCACAAAAAGAUUCACGUGCUGCAAACAUUGUCUUCCUCAACAACACCAUACUCAAGGCUGAUGAACGCUCCCUCCUCACUGACAGUCGAUAUCCUAUGCAUGAGCGCAAGAUCAUUAACAACAUGUUCAACAUUUCUUGUGAUUGCCAGGUUAUGACAGCCUUUGAGAGCCUACUAGGCAUCACCAGCUCGAGUGACUAUGAAGAUAUUAAGAUGUUCCAAGUAGUGACACGAAGGUCCUUCUGCAAAGGGAUUGGUAGUGUGAAGUCUUAUAUCAAAGUGCAGGCACACAUGACUCACAACUGCACUGUGCCCAUAACAAUAAUAGCAGCUGGCACUGCAGUGGGUGUUGUCAUUUUGAUUUUGGUGGUGGUUUGUGUAGUUUGUAACUAUCGCGUAAGGAAGGCCCGAGAAGAGGCUAACUACCUUGGGGAAUGUUGCUUCUCCCAAAGUUUUUCCACACUGCACUCCAACCCCCAACCCCUUAUGUCCCCUAUAUCAGGACUCCCAGGCCAGCCCUGGGAUCCCACCUCUCCCCUCCAACCCUGGGUAGUGGCUGUGCCUGAAGUAAAGACAUACAAAGAGACGGAGCUCAAUGUAUCAUAUGAACACACUGAGCCCAUGAAUGUCAGUCUUCGGGAGAGCUUCCCUCUUGAGCCAGGGCAAAUCCUUGACCUUCAACGGAGGACACAAAUGCGGUCAUCUUGUCCGUUCAACUGAGUGUGCAAUAAAUCCACAAGUAUUUAUAUCUUGGACAUACAUGUGAUUUUCAGAUACUGAAUAUUUUGUGGAAAAAUACUGGUGAAACAUCCUUGAUAUGAGAUGAAGUGCAUCAGUAUGCUAAACUUGCAACUUUGUAGCUUAUCACAUUUUAUGACAUAAUUCCAUUAACUUGUGUAAACUUCUUGCAAACACAAUUUCAUUUGAUAAGUCAUUUUAUAUGUCAAACACUUGGUUUGGUAUAUCAAACUCAUGAACAUCAGUAACACCCACUUUUUUCCCGAGUUUCCUUCCUCUGUUGUUCUAAAAUCUCCCUUAGAUUUACCAUUCAUUCCCCAGAUUUUUUUUAACAGCCCUGAUGAUUUUCCUCACUUCCAAUUAUGUUUUCCUCUAGUUGUUUUGAUUUGAUAGGAGUUAGGUUAGCAUGCCUAGCUACGAAUAGGCGUGCCUGGGUUCAAAUCCCGGCCUGGCCAGUCAGCGCACAGCCACAUUUUCUACACCAAUUAUUCUUGAUUGACGCAGUCCUGUAUAUCCGUCAUCACAGGAAAAUCCCUCAAAGUUACCUCCCUCAGAUGUAAACACGGGAAUGCUGCUGCCAUACUCCGCCAUGGUAAAGGUUCGGUACAAAGAUCACACCACAACCACAAUCUAUACUCUAUUUGACUGAGUCUUUUGACUUGUUUUCAUUAAUUUUGGAUGGGACUGCCACUCAUGCACUCAUUUCACUUAGGUAAUAACAAAGAGACAAGUCUUCUCUUCACAGGUAGAUCCAGUAUUUUUAUUUAUUUAUAAAAUAAUGGAAAAGUCAUAAAAAUAAUAAAACUUAUUAAAACCUCAUGUUAUCAUCUCCCAUGUAUCUCAUAGUUAAAUAUACAUGCUAUUCAAAAAUGAAAACAAGCAUGACAGGAUGGGAAGAAGAGCCAUGUGGAAAGUUUAAAAAAUGUGGCACAACAGGUUUUCUUUGAAGAUAAAUAAAGGCUUUUUGUAAAGAGAUUGUUGUCUGUGUAAGUAGUACAAUAAGCUAGUUUUGGAAUUAGUGGGGGACUAGGAAAAGCAUGUGUGCUUGUCUCCUUGGCUCUUCAUCAUACAUAUGGACGGGCAUGUGAAAGAGAUAAUUAAUUGAGAAAUACAUAAGGUAGAGGUGAAAGGAGGUUAUGACUGUUGCAAGAAGAAAGUGUAUGACUAGGGAAAACUGUAAACUCUUCUGCAAAGGCAACCUCUUCAUAAAAAGUUCCCAGAAGAAAAAGGGCAUCAGAGCUAUCUUAGAAAAAAGUAAAUAAUGUUCAUCAGAGAAACUAUCAGCUAAUAUACAAUACAUCUCACAUUAGUGACUAGUUUGGAGAAUAAAGGUGAAGCCUCAGCUUUAGAGGGAGUGACUCACCCUCAGGAAGUACUACUGACACACUUGACAGAACAGGAUUCUGGAAAUCCCAGAAAGGACUCUGAAAAGUGUCAGGACCAAAGGAAAUUGAACUCUGAUAAGGAGUGGUCCUUCCUUUCCCACCUGGCUCAGGCUUUCAUUAUUUAUAUACUUGUAGUGAGAAGAGGAGGGACACUUGACUCCCAACAUUGCUUAAAAAAUCAAAAUCUAUUGCUAAUGGACAAUUCUGUUAUAUAGAAUUCUGCUGGUAUAAAAAAAGGUGUAGUGUGACAGUGUGCCACAAAGGAAGAGUGACAUUUUGUAACACCGGAUAUCAAAAAAUAUUCCCUUGAAAUAUGAACCCAUUUUACAUGUUCGUUAUUUGCAUAGCUGUUAGUUAUGCCAAUACCAGUAUUGAAUUUAACACCACCAAUGCAGCAUGCCAUGAUGUGCCUGACUUCUGCAGCUGCUCUCACGUCUGGGUCACCUGUGACUGCCAAAAUGGUGUA